UGGUGGAUUGUGUUACUUAUUUAUGGUACAUAAUUACUGUUUACCGUCUGCCGCUGGUUCUGUCGACAAGGACAGCUCCCGUAAACGUAAGCGUACGAGCCAACCAAAUGAACCAAGAAGAGUUUGGGACAAGAGAGGAGAAAGAGCGAGGAUCAAUAUCGAUGUUGCAUUUUCUAGAUGGAGAGAUCCUCGUGACAAACUUCAACUAGAAAGAGAUGCCGAUCUCGCUUGUGUUUUACUCGACAGGAGCAUCACUGCAGUAUAUGUCAUGCCUCUGAUACUCAAUGAUAUAAGAGAAAGGAAGUCAAACACCUAACAUGGCUAAUCCAGCUCUGGAAACAAGAGGCACAGCUUAACCAAAUCAGAAGAGAGGGAUCAGACACCUGAAGAGAAAGAGAGAGAGAGAGAGAGAGAGAGAGAGAAUGGAGAUAGGAUACUAAAAGGGGGUGUGUCCCUCAGCAUGUGUGUGUGUCCCUAUGAAAAGCACAGAUGGGUAUGUGUGUGUGUUACAGAGAGAGUGAGAGAGGGAGAGAGAUAGAGAGAGAGAGCACUAAAACACACACGCUUGCGCAUGCAGGCACAGACAGAAUCAAGUCCUGUCUGCUGCAGGACGGGAGGCAGAAGGAUUACUCCUGUUUUAGACUCUUCAUCCAUGCGUCCCGGGAAACAGAGCAGAAUGUGAGAGUCAAAUGAAGACAACUUGGUGAUAUUGUGAGGAGGAACAUCAUCUUGAGAGGAGUGUCAGCAUGACCCCUCACAGUGAAGCUCUACUGCUGGUCUUCAGUUUCUCACUGUGUGCAAGUCUGUGUGCUGUAUCUUUAAAUAGAAAUGAAAGAGCCCACAUUUGGGCUAGCGCAGACCCAGAGUCAGCUACCAGCACACCAUGGACAUCUCGAUCAACAGAAAUGGACAUAACAAGUCCAAGCGAUGUAUUACAUUCAGAUGGGACAAGCAGAGAUCUUAAGGUGGAUCUUUCAGUUGAUCAAAACCCCUCUGUCACAAUGGAUGGUCAUGGUUUGUCAAGACUUCCAGCCUCAAGAACACCAUGGAUCAAAACUUUGACUUAUGCUAAGAUUAAACCUCCUUCAGAUAUCCAGAACGAUGAAGAGGGACCUCAAACAGAGGUAUCUGAUUGGCCAAAUUUUAGUAAGCAAGGCAAUAUGGAAAAAUCUUUUAAAUCAUCUCCACUGGCAACACUACAGCCUUUUUCUUCUCAGACCUGGAGUACCAAAUCCAAGACACCUUUUCCUUGGAAUACAGAGACAUAUACACCUCAGACUCCUGCUGAAACUAGAUUUAGCACCUACCAGACACUGUGGAAGUCCUCGGGUGCUAUUCAGACACCAUAUGCCAGAGGAACUUUAGAUGGUCCCACUUUGCCAAGAGUGCUGACAGACAGUCUGCAGCCAUACGAGGAAACAAAGCAAUUGACAGAUGCUCCCACAGUUAGUCUAACAGAGCCGACUAUCAAUAUGACAAAUCCUGACCCUGAAAAAGAGGAGCGCAAGGGUGUUGACCAAGUGAAAAAGGAACAAAAUGGCCAAUCGACCACCACUGUGAUCGAGGUCACUGAAAGCUAUCCUGAAGCAGCAUCUUCAGGUGAUGACUUGCGCAAAUCUUCCACACUUCUGGACUGCAGCUUGGUUGGCACUGAAAUCUGUCAGUCGCCUGACUACUCAAGGAAUCAUGCUUCAACUAACAACACUCUGUCCACUCCACCUCCUCUGUAUGAAACCACACCCCCUGGUAUAAUAACCCCACCCUUUGAAGCCGUCACCCCACCUCUACUGGUCCCUCUACUGACUGAUUGGAAUGCUGCAAUGGCUACAUGGGGCCUUGCAUGGGAGUUGCAGGUAUAUGGACUUGGCUGUGUGUUCUCACUUGUGGCUGUGCUGUCUGUGCUCAGCCUGAUGUGUUUGCCAUUGCGCUGGCCCUCUGGCUGUGCCCACUUCAGCCUCCUCCACCUUCUCCAACUACUAACAGGUUCCAGCAGAGCUCUGUGGCUCCUCUAUGAUCCAUAUGGCCAAAAAGAGCGCCUACCCAUAACCUGGGCACGACUACUACAUGAAUCUGCCUAUCCCUGUAUUACGGCAUCAUUUGGUCUGCUCCUUCUACUGCUCACCGCUCGCUCUUGUACCCAGCUACUUUCCCAAAACACCCUGCAGCGCAGCACCUGCUUGUUGGCUGCCCUAGUGCUGCUGCAUAUAGCUAUAGUAAUGGCAUCUAUGGCAAUACUGCAACUCUUUCCCACCCUGCAAGUUGUGCCUCUAUUACCACCUGCAGCAUUCGUAUUGAUGUCCUCUCUCUUGUCAUUCACAUACCUGCUUCUUUACUGCUGUGCUCGUGCCGAUGUCAAGCACAUUUACCGGCUAAGUGAAAGCUCUCCCGAGCGGCCAUCGUGCCAUGCAAGCAGGUGUCAAUUCACAGAAGCACGGAUGUGGGAAAGGGCAGCCAGGACAGGGGUAUUCUCUGCCCUGUUUCUGCUAGCAUGUGGCAGUCUACGACUUUAUGCUAUGCUCAAUGCAGCAGGGCUGACCGGUGGAGCCAUUGUUGGCCUGACGCCCUGGCCGUGGUGGGGCUUCCAGCUCAGCUGCAGAGUCUGUGAAACAGGGGUAUGUCUCACCCUCGCUCUUGUAAUCACUCACCCCCUUCUCUGUUGCGGAGUGCCCCUUUCCAAACCAGGAGGAUGUAGUUGGCUCUUCAAAAAGCCACCCACAGAAGGAACAAUGAUGGCCAAACCCACCAUCCUCUCGAGUCGGUGUGGCUGGUCACUGCGGCCUGCAGAGAAGCUGGGGUUGUGUGAGGGAAUAGCACGGCGGGAAAGCGAAAGUGAAAGCAUGCCACUCUACACCUUGGUGGAGCUUCCGCACAGUGAAUCCGAUGGCUUGGACCUCCACUAUCCCAGCAGCCCUCAGCAUGAGUCUUGCACACAACUCUCCCAAACCACAAAGAAGAGUAAAGUAUCCCAUGUAUCCUCCUUUGCAAGCUUUGAUGUUGACUCCACGGCAGAUCUGCGGCCCCCUUCGCCAAUCGACCUGAGACGAAGCAUUGAUGAGGCCUUAAACAGUGAGGCUUUGUUCCAGCAUAGCCUUUUUGGCUCUUCAAGGCUCUCUCUCAGCACACGUGGACCCCCGGAUGGACAACCCUGUCGGGGAAACUCCACCGAACCCAGCCUAUACCGUACUGCCUCCUGUGGGGACGUGGACCCCACUACAGUCCCCAGCCGACCCAGGCAAUGGAGCACUAUAUCUGGGAGACCAGCUCACGUCUCGGUCCAUUGCAGUGGGUUAAACUCAACGCAACAGUCCCAGAGCAGCUUACAUAGGGGCUCUCAGUCCGGGCAGCAACUCCACAGACGCUACACAACCUUAGGCUCUACUUCCUCCAGAGGGAGCGUGGACGUGGAGACAACUUCUCAUGUUGAUGAGCUUGCCGUUCAAGCUGAAUUCAUCAAUGUCUGCCGGCAGAUAGAUGCACUUAGUAUAAGUAGUGAUACGAUUGACCUAUAGGGGGAGAAUCUUUAUUCACCUAGAGA